GUUAUGAAGAUCUUGGACUCUUGGUUUUCUUCGUCGUACAGAGUGGUCGUGUGUCAAAGUUAAAAAUCAGAGAGAAGGUUUUCAGUUUUUCACAAUCACACGUCGCAACUCGCAAAAGAGGGCUUGGGGAUUGCGAAUUGUGAUCGGAGCAAGAAGAAAUCGACGAUCAAGUCCAGUCAGGUUUCACACCACAAAACUUGCAUUUCUCCUUGAACAUUUUAAGACUUAUUCAAGAGAAGAGUGGGGCAUGGAGAAGAUAAGAAAGUGGGAGUUACUAGAAAUGGAUUGCUUGGUCAGCGUUUUUGCGAAAGUGGGCAUGGUUGAUCUAUUAUUGAUGCUGCCCUUUGUCUGCAAGUCUUGGUAUCAAGCUUCUCGACAACCUACUUGUUGGAAAGUUUUAGAUCUUCAAGUUUUUGAGUCAAUGGGCAUUCUCUUUACCAACAGAUUUGUCUCAACUUUUGGAGUUAAAAAGUUCUCAUCAAUGGGUCUUCUAAAGCUCUUAGUGAAACUUGGCAAUGGAUCUUCCGUCCAUGUCAUACUUCCUGAUAGAAUUGCAUACGAUGAGUUGGUUUACAUCUCAGAUAAUUGCCCAGCUUUGAAGUUCCUUUCUUUUCCUGGCUCAAAUAUACCCAAGCAAACAAUUGACAGCAUCCCAAGCCUUGUGUGUAAAUGGAAGAACUUGGAACAUCUUCAUCUGGAAUAUAUAUCUCAUGGUCUUCCACUCCCUAAAAUCAUUGAGGAAAUAGGCCGACACUGCAAGAACUUCACUGGUAUUAGUGUAAAUGGUGGUCCUAUUGGUGACGAAAUGGUUUCCGUUAUUGUUACCUGGCUCCCAAAGCUCAGGACCUUAGAUUUGAGUGGGAUUUUUGAGGUAUUAAACAUUGGUGUUUAUCUACCCAAGAAAAACUUGCUAAAGAUAUUGGAAGGCUGCAAAGAGCUGGAUGUCCUUGCAGUGAGAGAAUGUAGCCAACUUAAGAUUGAUGAUGAGGUACUGAAGCAAGCUUCCUAUAUCAAGAACUUUAAGUAUGAAGUUUUGGAUGACUUUAGUGAUUUUUACUCGGAUGAUUAUUAUGAUUUUGGUUUGGAUUAUUAUGGUUAUGAUGGCUACUAUGAUUAUGAUGAUUUCACCAACUACCUUGAAGAUGACUGGGAUGACUGGGUAACCUAUUUGCCUGAGGACAUGUGAUUGAAGAUUAUGCUACAGGGCUGUUUCCUAACGUUUGGAUUUUUGCAUAGCUAAAUUGGUUGUGUGGCAUUUACAUGUCAUCUACACUGGCUCUGGCCAUGAUAGUGUUAUCACUUCAUCUCGGAUUUUCAUGCACUUUGGAUUGUAUGGACUCAGUUUUUUCUUGGACUUUCAUUUCUGUGUUCGUUUUGUGAUACUUUUUCUUAUUCUCCUAUUAUAUUUCCCCUAAUUAUUCUUUCUUCUUUUUUCCAUGCA